UUAGUAUAGCAUUCAUUAAUCAUAAUAUAGCCAAAUUAACAUCUUCUAAAUAUUUUUGUAUCAAAAGUCCUAAAAAAACACCAUGUCCAAUUUGAGUUUCAUGAAGUUUCAUGGUAGCUUUUCAGGCAAGGCAACUUCUCCAACAAAAAAUGUAUCUCAAAAGAACAGCUUCAAGUCAAAACAAACAACAAGUUCAGAAAUGAGUUUCCAACCACAGAAAGAAGAAAUAAAAUGGGUGUUCGAGAAAUUCGACACGAACAAAGAUGGCAAGAUUAGUCUUGAAGAGUACAAAGCAGCUGCAAAAGCUUUGGAUAAAGGUAUCGGUGACGCGGAGGCAAUGAAGGCAUUUAAAGCCAUGGAUUCUGACAAAGAUGGCUUCAUAGACUUUAAAGAGUUUAUGGAAAUGUUCAAUGGUGAAGGGAAGAUAAAAGAAGAUGAGAUUAAGAGUGCUUUUCAAGUUUUUGAUAUAAAUGGUGAUGGGAAAAUUAGUGCUGAGGAAUUGUCUCAAAUUCUUAAGAAGCUUGGAGAGAGUUGCAGCCUUAGUGCUUGUAAAAAAAUGGUGAAAGGUGUUGAUGGUGAUGGAGAUGGUUUUAUAAACUUGAAUGAGUUUACAAGGAUGAUGAUGAGUGGAAACAAACUUGUCUAAAUGAUAAUAAUUUUCGUUAUAGAGGGGAAUAAUUAAUCUUGUUCAGUGUUUCUCAAGUAUGUUUUUGUUAAAUAAAUAUCUAGCUUUUAGUUUGUCUUUUAUGAGUGUUGUAUAGAUAGUUUGGUUAAAUUCAUGCUUUGAUACAAAUAUAUUCAGUGUUAAAAUUCUAUGUUCUAUUUUCCUUGUGGAGACA